AUGACUGACGUUGAGGAAAAGAAAGACUUGUUUGAGUCUACAGACCAUCUGGCUGACUACUCAAAGUACAAGCAUGUGCUAUAUGACAAGCUGGGCCACUCAGACGUUAUUGCUGCAGACGCCACGUUAAAAGACGUGGAGUAUCUGUAUGACAAAGCAAUUGAAAUGCCGAUAGAUGAGGCGCUCCAAAUCAUGAGCCGGGUGCUCAAGGAUCAUGACGAUGAUCCAAACUUCCCGUAUGAAGACUACGAGCUGAUCAAGAAGUUGAUCAAGGGUCACGAGGAGUCUGGAUUCAGUUUUAAGGACUGGGAAUUCCAAGCCAAGAUGUACGCAACUUUAAAUGAGUAUCAUUCUCCGUACCCCGAAGUCCGCGCCAUUUCAUCACCUUUGGACGAUCCCUCCAUCCCAUGUGAGACCAUCCGAGCCUAUUUCCUCGGGUUCGUCUGGUGUAUAGUCGGUACUGGUGUGAACGAGAUUUUCUCGAGACGGCAACCAUCUCUGUACAUCUCGUCAUCUGUUUGUCAGAUGCUCAUGUACCCCAGUGGACUGGCUCUGCAAACGAUCCUGCCAGAUUGGGGGUUCACUCUGUUUGGCACCAGACACUCGCUUAACCCUGGUCCUUGGACUUAUAAGGAGCAGAUGUUUGCAACGGUGAUGUUCGACAUCGCUAUUGGCGGAAUGUACGUGGGAUCCAACUUCUACGUUGAGAAGCUGGACAUUUUCUAUGGAAACAAGUGGAUCACCAUCGGCUACCAAAUUCUCAUUUCUCUAGCUACUCAGCUGUUUGGAUUUGGGUUUGCCGGCUUGCUGCGUAAGAUUGUCAUUUACCCAAUUAGAGCAGUUUGGCCAACUGUGCUACCAACUUUGGCAUUGAACCAGGCUCUGUUGAAAAGAGAGAAAAAGGAGAGCAUCCACGGUUGGACGAUUACCAGAUACAAGUUUUUCCUGAUCGUCUUCUCUUGCUCCUUCCUGUACAUGUGGGUUCCAGAUUACCUAUUCCAGGCCCUUUCUUACUUCAACUGGAUGACUUGGAUCAAGCCAGACAACUUCAAUCUUGCCGUCGUCACCGGUUCCAUCGCCGGGUUGGGACUUAAUCCAAUCGCUUCCUGGGAUUGGAACAUCAUCGGUUACUGGCUACCACUUGCAUUUCCCUUCUAUACCUAUCUCAACAUGAUGAUCGGUAUGUUCAUCGGGUUCUUUGUCAUCAUUGGACUAUACUACAGCAACUACAAGUGGACUGCAUACAUGCCCAUCAACGACAACAACAUCUACGCAAACACGGGUGAGGUCUACAACGUUUCCAGUGUUCUAACCAACGGUAAGUUGGACGAGGCAAAGUACGAGCUCUACGGACCGCCAUAUCUGUCUGCCGGUAUGCUUGUCAACUGGGGAGCCAACUGCGCUCUGUACGCUUUUUUGAUUCCAUAUGUGCUCUACUCUGAGCGUAAGGGUUUGUUGAAAUCCUUGAGAUCCAUCUGGAACGACAUCACGUCGCUCAAACACGUCAGUCUGAACGAUCCUCACUCGCGUCUGAUGUCCAAGUACAAGGAAGUUCCGCAAUGGAUGUUUGUUGUUGUCAUGCUUAUGGCUCUGGUGUUUGCUAUCGUUUGUGUGGAGGUGUACCCUGCUAACACUCCGGUUUGGGGUAUUUUCCUUGUUCUUGCCAUCAAUGUGGUGUUUGUUAUGCCCCUAUGUGUUAUCUACGCCGUUACUGGUUAUUACUUCACGUUGCAAGUUUUUGUCGAGUUGAUUGUUGGAUACGCUAUCCCCGGUAACGGAGACGCCCUGAUGUUCCUGCAAGCACUUGGAUACAACAUCACUGGACAAGCCCAGCAGUAUAUCUACGACCAGAAGAUUGCUCACUACGCCAAAGUGCCUCCAAGGGCCGUUUUCCGUGGCCAGUUCAUUGGUACCAUCUUCCAGAUCAUCAUUUCUCUGGUUGUGAUCAAUUGGGAAAUCAACCACGUUGAGGGAAUCUGCACAGACGACCAGCCAAACAACUUCUCGUGUCCAAGUGAGACGUCCUACUACUCGUCUUCCGUGUUCUGGGGAGUUAUUGGUCCAAAGAGAGUGUUCAACAAACUGUAUCCCGUGCUACCAUGGUGUUUCCUGAUUGGUUUCGGAAUUGCUCUCAUCUGUUUGGUGAUCAGAAAGUACUACCACAGACAGACACAAUGGUUCCAGCCAGCAGUGAUCAUUGGAGGCUUCCUCAACUACGCACCUUACAACCUUUCCUACUUUUUGCCAGGCCUUUACGUUUGCUACGCAUUUAAUCACGUGGUCAAAAAAAGAUACCAAGCAUGGUGGGAAAAGUACAAUUAUAUCUUGGCAUCCGCUUUGGAUGCGGGAGUUGCAUUUGGCGGCAUCAUCAUCUUCUUUGCCGUCCAGUACCAUGAAAAGGAUAUCAACUGGUGGGGAAAUCUUGUUUCAUACUCAGGUACGGACGGUGGACUGGGCCAAACCAGUCUAAAGGACCCAACCACCGCUCCGGAUGGCUACUUUGGAAUCAGAAUGGACGGUUCAUAG